GACCCUCAGGUAGGUUCUCUCUCCUGCUCUUGUGUGAUUCUCCAGUUACUCAUCACCUCCAGGAUGACCUGGGAGGUGUGCAGGCUGUGGGUCGGGUGUGGGAAAUGGGUGGGGUGGAGGAUAUGGGCAGUGGUAUGGGUGAUGGCGUGGACGGUGGCACUGGCCCAGAAUGAGGUUACCCUGGAAGUUCGACUCAAACAAGGUACCAUCAUUGGUCUCCGGGAAGAAACUGGGGUGGCCAACAAGUAUUUCUACAGCUUCCUUGGCAUUCCCUUCGCUCAGCCUCCAGUAGAUGGUCUCAGAUUUAGGGAUCCAGUGCCAGCAGGGGGAUGGAGGGGCACUAAGGACGGACGUGUGGUGUCUCCUGCAUGCCCUCAGCUGGAGUUUAACGCCUUCCUGGAGGGUGAGGUGAAGGUUCUGGGCCAAGAAGACUGCCUCUACCUCAACGUCUACACCCCACACCCCCUCCACCCUGGCCUGCCUGUGAUGGUGUGGAUCCACGGGGGCGCCUUCAUCCUCGGUGCCGCCCAUCACUACUCCCCGCUGCCCUUCCUCACCAAAGACAUCGUCCUCGUCACCAUCCAGUACCGCUUAGGGACUUUAGGCUUCCUCUCGACGGAAGACUCAACACUGCCUGGUAACCUGGGGCUAAAGGAUCAGACUUUGGCCCUACGUUGGGUGCAAGACAACAUUCGUGACCUCGGUGGUGACCCCAAUAAGGUCACUAUCUUUGGUCAGAGUGCCGGAGCCGCCUCAGUUCACCUGCAAGUUCUGUCACCACAUGCAAGAGGGUUGUUUCAGAGGGCCAUCCUUCAAUCCGGCUCAUCACUCAGCCCCUGGGCCACGCGGGCCGACCAUAGGCAGGUGGCCACUACCAUCGGCCAGGCGUUCAACUGCUCAGGUGUGAAGACGACGCCACAAGGUCUGAACAGCAGGGCGCUCCUCUACUGCCUCCAGACACUACCCCUCGAAGACCUGGUGGCCAUCCCCUCAGCCUUUGCAGUGUGGCUCAACACCCCGAUGGUGAUGACACCGAGGGUGGACGGAGACUUCCUGCCGGAUCACCCCGCCAGGCUGCUCAGGUCCAACAGGUACAAUAAGGUGGACCUCAUCUCUGGCGUCACUCAGCAUGAGGGCGCCCUGGCUGCCUUACCCAUCUUGACGAGCCGGGAGGUACAGGAAGCUCUGACGCAGGACUUCGGCGAGAUCGGCCCCGUCGCUGUGAACUUCGAGGACGAGGAUGCUGGUCUCUCCUUGGCUCGCCGCGUCUUCAAGUACUACCUUGGUGACCUCAACAUCACCGAAGCCUCUGCUAAAGAACUAGUCGAGCUCUUCGGUGAUCGAUGGUUUAACGUCCCUCACGAAGAGACGACGAGUUUACACAGUCGAGACACCGUGUUAGGGAAGAAUGUGGUCGCUUAUGCCCUGGUACACCGCGGAGAACACAGCCUCGCCGACGUCUACAACAGCCCUCUCGCCCUCACCUGGGUGAGCCACGCUGACGACCUACAGUACCUGUUCGAUGGAGCGGCGUCUCUCCCGCCCCUACAGCGCCCCCAGGACCUCGAACUCCGCCAGCUGAUGCUUACAAUGUGGACCAACUUCGCCGCCACUGGGAACCCGACCCCUGAUAAGACUCUAGGGGUGAGGUGGGUGUCAUCCUCUCCCGAUCGUCUCUCUUACUUGGCCCUCAGACCUAACCUGACCAUGCUGCCAGACACACGUGCUCAGGUGAGGAAAUUCUGGUCAAGUCUACCAACGAGACAGAAUCGCAUCCUCUAUACCAAGCAACUGAGACCCUCCCAACAGCAGCCACCUCGCACAAACAAGCCUUCAAGGAGGGACUUCAUUAACUGGUUCCGUCGUCGUUACCCAAACCUGAGAUAUCCUCCUAGUCAUCACCAUCAUCACCAUUAUCGUGGAGAAGGAGUGUGGAUAUAGUGCUUGUGUUAACUUGGACGAUUGAUUCCUACGUCUUCCUCCACAUGCUGUACCUAUGGUCAUUAACACUCAGGGUACUUUAUGCAGAAACGAUGGAACACUUGCCCCUUACCUGCCCCUUACCCGUCCCUUACAUCCCCUUACCUACCCUUACCUACACUUACCUGCUUCACUACUCAAGGAAUUAGCACAGAAAAGAAUAUCAACUUGUUUUUCUUUCACUCCCACGUUAAAACACUCCAAAUAUAUACUGUAGAUUCACUUCCCUUCACUUAGUUCAAAGAUACUAUGAGUAUCCCCCUCAUUGUAUACAUAAAGUGAGUAUAUAUUAUCAGACCUUGUUACCUGAUACUGCCCAUCACUCAGCACCAACUUCUUAUUCAAUGUGUCUGCACCGGCAUCCACAGGUAAUAAAUAAUUUUUGUUACAGGUA